UCCAUAGAUCACUCCUCAUACACCAUCCUGCACAAAAAAAAAAAAAAAAAAAACCCUAAAAAAAAAAAAGGACGUUAAAGAAAAGACCAGACAACAAGGCGAGCAAUGCUAUCUUCUGACAAUGCCUCAUCACCACCUCUGAGAGUGAAGCAGGAUGAAUUUCAUCUUCUACAUAUUUCUGGCAUACUUUUAUUUGGGAUCGCAAAUAAUCCUUCUCCACACCCUGCUCGUCCAGCCCGCUCAUUCUCACCCGCAGCCCUGCCACAUCCUAGCGCGGAUAGGACACACAGUGCGCCUGGGUGCCCUCCUGCCUCCCCGUCAGUCGGUCCGGGUGCGGGCGGCUCUCCACCGCGCCCUCAGCGGUCUCGCCGAAAGCGGCAACAACUUUCUUCCGUACAACUUAAGCCUGGACGUGGUGGCUCGGGAAGCACCGAGCGGAGACCCCGAGUCGCUCUUCAGGUGUGUGUGUCAGGAUAUAGUGGUCCAGGGGGUCUCGGCUGUGCUCGCCUUCCCUCAGACGCAGGAGGAAAUAGUACAAAUGGAAUUUAUGUCCUCUUUUUUGGAAAUUCCUUUUAUAAGCAUCAUUGAGCACGGAGAACCCAUCAAAACUCAGAAUCGUUUCCACUUGCAGAUGACAACACGUAUGCCCCCUUCCGUGCUGGUGGAGCUGCUUCUAGAUGUUCUGCAGCGCAGUGGCUGGGAAGAGAGUAUGGCAGUGCUUUGCCAAGGCUGGGAGGACGCUGGUCUUCUGGAUCUCCUGGAACUUCAAAGCCGCUCUGGCUGGGGACCCUCACACUGGCAACUUCGAUCCGCCCUGAACCUCUCCCACAGCAUACCUCACAUUGCCAACAUUUCUGACUUCCUCUCUGAGCACUUUAAUCAGGACCAUCCUCCUCCUGCCUCGGUCCUACUUUUUGGGGCCGACCCGGAGUGUGCCUCUUCUGUUCUGCGCAGUGCGCAUGACCUGGGGUUGACAUUACCCACUGUACAUUGGAUUAUGGGACAUCCUUUAAGCCCAGACACCCUUCAUUCUAUUGGCCUGCCUUUAGGACUGCUGGCUUAUGGAGAGGUCGACCGCAAACCACUAGACCUCUACAUUCAUGAUGCCCUGCAGUUGGUCAACCGAGCUGUUAGCGCAGCAACGGUCGUACGGCCUGAUCUAGCCCUCAUCCAAAAUAUGGUAAACUGUUUUGACAAACCCAACAAACACGAGCUGCCCUCAUCAGGACAGUACAUUGCCAGGUUCCUCUCUAAUACGUCCUUUGUAGGGUUGACUGGCCCUGUCAGCGUUCAACGCAACCUUUCUCGUGUACACACCUCUCAGAGGGUCCACAUUUGGAGUCUGCGGCGGGAUGCCAUCGGUCAGCCCACUUGGGUGACUGUUGGCAGCUGGGAAGGCGGUAGGUUGGAUGUAGAGGAGCAGGGAUUGUGGCAAGGGUCAUCCCCUCGGCAGCGCACAGAGGGCCAGUUGGGCAGGGAAGGUCGUAGAUGGCGGGCUGGCUUUCCUGUGUUGGGGAGUCGCGUGCGUGUGGUCACUCUGGUGGAGCACCCGUUCGUGUUCACUCGAGAGGUAGAUGAGGAUGGGAACUGUCCCGCUGGGCAAUACUGUCUGGAUGCAGGGACAAACAGCUCGGUAACCCUGGACCACUUGUAUUCCGAGCGGGCUCAAGGCAACAGCAGCUUCUUGCCACCGGAUUACAGCAAGUGUUGCUAUGGAUACUGCAUUGAUCUACUGGAGAAGCUGGCAGAAGACAUGAACUUCAAGUUUGACCUGUACAUAGUUGGCGACGGAAAAUAUGGUGCACUCAAGGGUGGGCAGUGGACGGGGCUGGUGGGCGACCUGCUGAGCGGGGUUGCCGAUAUGGCUGUCACCAGCUUCAGCAUCAACUCGGCUCGCAGUAAAGUGAUUGACUUUACCAGUCCAUUUUUUUCAACAAGUUUGGGAAUACUGGUGCGCAGUAAAGACACAGCUGCACCUAUUGGAGCAUUCAUGUGGCCAUUGCACUGGUCUAUGUGGAUGGGCAUCUUUGUAGCACUGCAUAUUACAGCGCUCUUCCUCACCCUCUACGAAUGGAAGAGUCCCUUCGGCAUGACGCCUCAUGGACGUAACCGUGUGAAGGUCUUCUCCUAUUCCUCAGCCCUCAACCUCUGCUACGCCAUCCUCUUUGGCCGAACAGUCUCUAGUAAGACGCCCAAGUGUUGGACUGGACGUUUUCUGAUGAACCUGUGGGCCAUAUUUUGCUUGCUGGUUUUGUCCAGUUACACAGCAAAUCUGGCUGCAGUCAUGGUUGGGGAAAAGACCUUUGAAGAGCUCUCUGGAGUACAUGAUGCCAAGCUUCAUCACCCAUCUCAGGGAUUCCGAUUUGGCACUGUUCGGGAAAGCAGUGCAGAGGAUUACAUGAAAAAGAGUUUUCCUGAGAUGCACGAGUAUAUGCGGAAAUUCAAUGAGCCCACCACACCUGAUGGGGUCGCCACUCUCAAGACAGAUCCGCCUCAACUUGAUGCUUUUAUCAUGGACAAAGCCCUGCUGGACUAUGAGGUGUCCAUUGAUGCCGACUGCAAGCUGCUGACAGUUGGCAAACCCUUUGCUAUAGAAGGUUAUGGCAUUGGACUGCCCCAGAACUCGCCACUCACCUCCAACAUAUCUGAAUUCAUCAGCCGUUACAAGUCAGAUGGCUACAUGGACAUGCUGCAUGACAAGUGGUACAAGGUUGUGCCGUGCGGAAAGAGAGUCUUUGCUGUUACAGAGACGCUGCAGAUGGGCAUUCGGCACUUCUCAGGGUUGUUUCUGUUGCUUUGUGUGGGUGUGACCGGGGCCUUACUCACUCUGGCUGGAGAACAUGCCUUCUAUCGCCUGGUUCUGCCACAUAUCCGCCGCAAACAGAAGUUCAAAUACUGGCUUCACACCAGUCAGAAGAUCCACAGAGCACUGAACAUGACUUAUGAGGAUGUGAAACGGCAGCGGGCGAACACAGAGAAAAGUUGUAACAUCCAGAAAGCCCAACCGCAUCCGCCUCCUCCAGCCGCUCCCCUCGGAUCCUUUGCCAAAUGGAACAACGAAAGCACCAAGGCAGAAGAGGAGCCCAAAGACAACAAGAGAGUCCAUUUCAACCUGGAAACUCUCAACACACGCCGACUCCUCACCCGUGUCAUGACGGAAGGGGGUCAGGCCAGCUCUUCAUCCGCAUUGAGCUCUGGGACUGGGAGUUUAUUGGCGAGAGUGUGUGAAAACGGUGGGCCAACCUCCUCGGUGAGAUCCUCGAGCCCCUCAAGAGACGGCGAGCUUGAAGAACUCCAGGUGAAGAUUGAGGAAAUCCGUGGGCAUUUGAAAGCCGCUCUGGCUCGUAGGGCGGAGCUUCAGACUACACUGGCUAAAGAACGAGCGGCUGUCGCCACGGCGACCACAGUAGCUCCGCCCACAGUAACGGCCACCAUUUGUCCCGCACUCACCAAAGAGCCAGCAGAUUUAAAAAGGUGAUGCUCACAAUGUUUGAAAAAAAAAAAAAAAAAA